GGAUGUGUCCGCCGCCGCCAUUGUGCGGCGCUGGUCCGAUCGGAGGGUGCCCGCUGCGGCCAGCGCCUUGGCCUCUCCGGGUCGCUUCUCGCCGUCGGGUUCCAGGAGCCCGGCGGGUCCGGGCUUCCCGUCCGUGCCGGUGCGGGCGCCGGCAUGUGGCUGUGGGAGGACCAGGGCGGCCUCCUGGGCCCCUUCUCCUUCCUGCUGCUGCUGCUGCUGCUGGUGACGCGCAGCCCCUUCAAUGCCUGCCUCCUCACCGGCAGCCUCUUCGUCCUGCUGCGCUUCUUCAGCUUUGAGCAGGUGCCGUCCAGCAGGGCCCUGCAGGUGCUCAAGCCCCGGGACCGCAUCUCCGCCAUCGCCCACCGCGGCGGCAGCCACGACGCGCCCGAGAACACGCUGGCGGCCAUUCGGCAGGCAGCUAAGAACGGAGCAACAGGCGUGGAGCUGGACAUUGAGUUCACCUCCGACGGGAUUCCUGUCCUCAUGCACGAUAACACCGUAGACAGGACCACCGAUGGGACUGGCCGCUUGUGUGAUUUAACAUUUGAACAAAUUAGGAAACUUAACCCUGCAGCAAACCACAGACUUAGGAAUGAUUUCCCUAAUGAAAAGAUCCCUACUUUGAGGGAAGCCGUGGCAGAGAGCCUACAGUAUAACCUCACAAUCUUCUUUGAUGUCAAAGGCCAUGCGAAUAUGGCCACUGAUGCUCUAAAGAAAAUAUAUAUGGAAUACCCACAGCUGUAUAAUAAUAGUAUGGUCUCCUCAUUCUUGCCAGAAGUUAUCUAUAAGAUGAGACAGACGGAUCAGAAUGUAAUAACAGCUUUAACUCACAGACCUUGGAGCCUGAGCCACACAGAGGAUGGAAAACCACGCUACAGUUCUUUUUGGAAGCAGUUCCUGUUUGUAGUAAUGGACAUUUUGCUCGAUUGGAGCAUGCACAAUAUCCUGUGGUACCUGUGUGGAAUUUCAGCUUUCCUCAUGCAGAAGGAUUUUGUAUCCCCGGACUACUUGAAGAAGUGGUCAGCUAAAGGAAUCCAGGUCGUUGGUUGGACUGUCAAUACCUUUGAUGAAAAAAAUUACUACGAAUCCCACCUUGGUUCCAGCUACAUCACCGACAGCAUGUUGGAAGACUGUGCGCCGCAGGUCUAGACUGUCACCCUGGGGACACAGGUUCAGAAGCUGCCUGUUGGCCUCGUGCAGGGAGAUCCAGAUACCCUUUGUGCUAGCCCAAGCCCUGGGGAUCGGGUCUGGGUGGCCAAGCAACCUGGCAAGCAAUAGUGGGUAAUUGCAUUUUUACCUGAACAACCAAACCCUGGUGUUGCCUUGCUCCAUGGAAUGCCCGAGUUCAACACUGUUGCUCUUGAAAACCUGGAUCUGAACAAAAGGCACAGCAGCCCCGCCCCGACCAGCUGAGGCCCCACCCAGACCAGUGAGGAUAAGCACAAAGCGAGUGUGUGGUCGGGACGCAGACGCGAUGCAUGGGACUUGCAUGAGCACUCGGAGUUGACAUUUUAAAACUUGCCACAUCUAAGUAAUUUACUUACUUGAAAUAUUUGUAUUCAGCUCUGUUAACAGUGUGCUGUAGAUGUCAAACUUGUGACCAUACUAAUAAAGUCAUUAAAAGGAGCACAGAGGAAAACUGUGUACCCAGCAUCGCAUUCUGAGGCCACAGGGACCUUGGGGAAGCUGCUGGGUGCCACCUGGUGAGGCUUCAGUGUGCAGCAGCCACUGAGGGAGGGAAGGGUUGGGACGGACUGAGGAAUUAGACAGCACCUGAACAGGAGCAGCAAACCACCAGGGGGCAGAGGGGCACCGGGGCACCGAGGAGGCCUGUCAGGAGGCUUUGCAACCCUGGAUCGCUGAAAGUGACUUCCAAGAACCUCCAGGUUAUCCUCGUUUUACAAAUGAAAAUACUGAACCUGUGGACAGGGAGGGCAGCCCGGGAACCCGCAGCUGGUGAUGUAGCCGAGCUCCAUCUCCAGACAACUGGAACUUCUUGUUUACUCUAGCCAGGAACGAUGCCGGGGUUUUAACCUGCGUGACACUGAACCCGCACAAAAGCCUAUGGAAAUGUUGUUAUUCUCGUUUUCCUGAUGAGAAAACUGAGGCACUCGCCCAAGGUCUCCAGAUCACAGUACAGUUGGGGUUCAAAUCCAGGGAGGUCUGACUCUGGGUCAUGGCUCUUUCCCACAGGGACAUCCAGGGGUUCAAUUGUCCGCUUAAGCAGCAAUAUAAAUUGAAAUUGAUUUUUAUUUAAACAUCACCGCUGCCUGCCCCCUCAUCCACUCCCAACUUUCAGCCCUGUCCCUGGCCUCUGUCACAGGCCUACACUCAGCCACUGCUUCCCUCCUGUAUCCUUCGGGUGGCUCACAGACCAGUUUGAGGUCUCAAAGGCCACAGCUAGGUGGCAGAGAAUCUUGCCAAGUUUUCUACAGUGGCUGUUGGUUGGGGCAUGAGAGAUGAGGGCUUGGAAUAUUUUUAAUCAACGUUGACAAAUUUUUUGUUUGUUUUUUGUUAUUGUUGUUGUUCAUUUGGGUUCUGGAGAUGGAACCCCGGGCCUCACUCAGACUAAGCACACACUCCACCCCUGAGCCAAUACCCCAGCUCUCAAAGCAGUUUUCUUGAAUUUUGAAAUUAAAGAUUUAUUAAAUAAAUGGAACUGUUCAAGCCGCA